AUGCUGCAACCUAGGUUCCUGACGCCCCUCCGGGCGCUGGAGCGAGCCUUCACUCCAUCCAUCCGAUCGGCUUCAAGUCUCUACCAGCCGCAAUCGCUCAUUACACGAACCCUCUCCGCCAACCUCACCAUCCCGAAAACCACACCCACACCCUCUCUCCUCUCAUUCUCCCAAGUGCGUUACGCCUCUCACGCCUCCCAAGGAACGGCCAACCGACACUCCCGCGAUCCCGCUGGAAAGCGUCUGGGCGCGAAGCGCUCCGGCGGCGAGUACGUCGUUCCCGGUUGCAUUAUCUUCAAACAGCGCGGCUCGAAAUGGUUCCCCGGCGACAACUGCGCCAUGGGUCGCGACCACACCAUCUACGCUACUCAAGCCGGCUAUGUCCGGUACUACUUGGAUCCUCUCCAGCACCCCGACCGGAAGUACAUUGGAGUUGUGUUCGACAAGGAGGAUAAGCUUCCGUACCCUCGUAAUGCGCCGAGCCGCCGCAGGCUGAACAUGGUUUCGGUUCCGCGAUUGGAACCCAUUGCCGAGCAGUCUGAUCUGGUAGCCAAUAUCGAUGAGAACGGCGUCCAGGUUGGAUCCGUGGCGGCUGCUGAUGCCGCUACCGGCCCUCAACUUCGUCCCGGAUACAUGUACCGUGAGGCCAAUUGGGUUAUUGGUCGUGCUGCUGAGGCAGCUGGUGUCUUCGCUAAGCCCUACGAUAACCGGAACCGAUGGCUUGCGUGGAGAAAGCGCCAGGCUCGUGCCGAGCGGGCUGCUGAGAUGAAGAGUUUGAGGGGCAAUAAGAAGGCCGCCAAGAAGGCUAAAUAA